UAAAAUGAUACCUCCAUUCAUUAUACAGUGGGAAAAUCUAUCUGUAACGGUCACUGAAAAGCGGUGCUCCCUUUUCAGAACAGUUAAAAAGAAGAAGAUAUUAAGUAACGUUUCAGGUUUCGCUACAAGUAAUUCCUUGAUAGCGGUGAUGGGACCUAGCGGUGCUGGAAAGACGACAUUUCUGGGCGCGAUAUCCGGCAAAUUAAAAGGGAAGGAAGGGACAUUAAGAAUUAAUAACAGGACUGUGACGGACAAAGACAUGUGCAACAUAUCGAGUUAUAUACGGCAAGAAGAUGUAUUUACGGAAUCUUUGACGGUGUACGAGCACAUGAAAUUUAUGGCAGCGCUGAAGCUACACAAAACGGGGGAAGAGAGAAUUGGAAUAAUUAAAAAACUCUUAAUUGAGCUAUGUUUGGACGGGAACAGCCGUACAAUCAUCGGAGUGCUAUCCGGGGGACAGCGACGCAGGUUAUCACUGGCUACGGAGCUUAUCAGCGACCCCUACAUCUUAUUCUGCGACGAGCCUACCACAGGUCUGGACAGCUUCAGCGCAAUGUCUGUGGUGAAAAUAUUAGAAGCAACGGCCAUGACAGGGAAAUUGGUUUUGGUGACACUGCACCAGCCGUCGUCCCAAAUAUUUGAUCUAUUUAACAACAUUAUUCUACUUGCGAACGGAAAACUGGUUUUUCAGGGGUCAAAGCGAGAGGCCCAAUCGUUUUUCGAAAGAGCGAAUCUGGUCUGUCCGGAUUCGUACAAUCCUGCGGAUUUUUAUAUAAAAUGUGUCACAGUGGAUUCUGGAAACGAGGAAGAUAGGAAAACGGACUGGCUGAGUGAUUUAUUUCAUAACAAUUCCGAACAGAUCAUCACAGAUAGAUACAAUCCGAAUGAGUUCACUAAACAAAAGAUGAACAAGAGGAGUUUUUUUGUACAGUUGAGGUGGCUAGUUUGGAGGGUUUUUAUUGACUUUAAAAGAAGCAUCCACGUAUAUAGGACAAGCUACAUUCUGCUAAUGAUUACAGCGCUGAUUAUUGGAGUAUCGUUUUCGAAUGUGACUUUAGAGAACAAAAGUAACGUUCAGAAUGUACAAGGCGUUUUAAUUUUGAUUGUCUCGGAGUUAAUUUUCACGCACAUGUACUACGUUAUAUACGUAUUUCCUGAAGAAAUUGUAAUUUUCGUCAAAGAAAAAUCGCUGUACUCCUCUCUUCCUUAUUACUUAUCAAAGGUGGUUUCUCUGAUGCCUAUAUCCUUCAUAAACGCAAUAAGUUUCUUAGCAGUAUAUUUGGCCCUGCUACAAUUCCUACAAAACUUCAACUUGUUCCUGAAUAUGUCCAUUGUACUCUUUCUGACAAGUUUAUGUGGAAUAUCCCUAGGUCUGUGUCUCUCUGCUUUAUUUCCAACCGUGGAAUACAUACACUUGUUUAUAGUCCCUUUUGAGAUUGUCGUUAUGAUAGUAUCGGGAAUUUGGAUAAAAGUGGACACCUUACCGGGAGUUUUUCGCGCUGUUAAGUAUUUUUCGCCUUUUUACUACGGUUUCCAGUCUGUUUCAACGCUGUGCUGGGAAAACGCCGAAUUUUUAGCGAACUGUACAACCGGGGAUGUGCUUCCUUGUUACAGCAGCAGCGAAGAGGUGUUGAGACGUUAUGGAUUAUACGAAGAAUAUGACGUAGUUACUUACAAUAAUCUAUAUUUAUCGUUUUUAACUUUGCUUUACUGUUCUGUAGGAUAUUUUGGUAUUUUAAGGAAGCGAGCUAUAGAGUCAUAUUAA